AUGUUUGCUGAAGGAGAAGACGUUCGGCAGCUUCCCAUAUCUGCAGAGGAUGGGAUAAUUAUGAACUAUGCUCAGCAGGACGAGUCAACACCUACAGGAAGUGUUUCAGUUCUCAGAGGAAACACUGUAUCUGGCGGUACACCUGUUGAAUCGAACACUGAGGCUCAUCAAAGUGUCCAUCUCUGGCCUGCAGUUGCUGGGUGUGGUUUGUCUCUUUCUGGCUGCCAAGGAGGAGGAAUGCCUAUUACCAGAGAGCUGUGCUAUCUGAUGGAGAACACCUACAGUAAGAAACAGCUGCUCCGGAUGGAGAGGAGAGUUUUAACUGGGCUCAAGUUUGAUCUUUAUCUCUGUCCCUCUCUUCACUUUCUUCUCAUCCCUGCUUCCGUAGCACACUGCAGUGACAAGGUCAGCUAA